AUGAUUCCCACCUGCAUAAAUCCACUUAAUGUUCAGACCAGAAGCCGACCGCGCGCCCCGGGCCGGUUUCAGCUGGCCUUACGCAACGCCGCGUCGCCCUGGGACCCUCGUUCGGUACGCGUCGACGGCGAGAGGCACCUGGAAGACCGCGACGCCUCCAGAAACCCAACCGAAAUCACUCGCUUCCAAAGGCGGCGGCGGCGGCUUCGUGCCAGCGCAAGCGUCGCCGGCCCGUCCGUGGGCGCGGACGCACCCCGCAGCCGGGGCCCUCGCGCGCCCUCGAGCCGCGUUUCGGUCACGCCGCCGCGCCCCCCGCCGCCCCGGCGGCACUCCGCCAGCCGAGGCAGGGGCGAGGUAAUAUUUCCAACGUUCAGCAGAAAAGUGUAUGUUUAUAAAAGCUUUAAAUUUUCUUGCAUUUCAGAUCGCCUUUAUUUUGCAAUUCUCUGCCAAAAACCAAAGAGUGGAGCUGCAAAUACCCAUUAUUUCUGCAUAGAUGAUGAACUUGUAUAUGAGAACUUCUAUGCAGACUUUGGACCACUCAAUCUGGCAAUGGUCUACAGAUACUGCUGCAAGCUAAAUAAGAAAUUAAAGUCAUUUUCAUUGAUAAGGAAGAAAAUAAUUCAUUAUACUGGCUUUGAUCAGAAAAAACAAGCAAAUGCUGCAUUCCUCAUAGGCUCCUACGCAAUAAUAUACCUGAGAGAAUCCCCAGAAGAUGUGUACAGGCUUAUAUUGGCUGGAAGUGUUUCAUAUCUUCCUUUCAGGGAUGCUUCCUUUGGUACUUGCAGUUUUCAUCUGACAUUGCUGGACUGUUUUCAUGCAAUAAACAAGGCUUUGCAAUAUGGUUUCCUGGAUUUCAAUAAGUUUGAUGUAAAUGAAUAUGAGCAUUAUGAAAGAGCAGAAAAUGGAGAUUUUAACUGGAUAAUACCAAACAAAUUCAUUGCCUUCAGUGGACCUCAUUCAAGAAGUAAAAUUGAAAAUGGCUAUCCCCACCAUGCUCCAGAGGCUUAUUUCCCAUACUUCAGGAAACAUAAGGUCACCACUAUAAUACGCCUCAACAAAAAACUGUAUGAUGCCAAACGAUUUACAGAUGCUGGAUUUGAGCAUUUUGACCUCUUCUUUGCUGAUGGAAGCACACCUACUGAUACUAUAGUUAAAACAUUUCUAAAUAUUUGUGAAAAUGCUGAAGGUGUUAUAGCCGUUCAUUGCAAAGCUGGUCUUGGACGAACUGGCACACUUAUUGCCUGUUACAUUAUGAAGCAUUAUCGGAUGACAGCUGCUGAAACUAUUGCCUGGAUUAGAAUAAAUAGACCUGGUUCGGUGAUUGGACCGCAGCAACACUUCCUGAUGGACAAACAGGCAGAACUUUGGACAGAAGGGGAUAUUUUCCGUGCAAAAUUGAAAGGAAACCAUAAAAUUGCUGUAACAAGAAUUUUGUCAGGAGUAGUUGAUAUUUCAAUUAAUGACACAAGAAGCAGGAGAACCAUCCAAAAGGACACUGAACUGUACAGUGAUGAAGACGAAACAAAUUGUGUAACACAAGGUGAUAAGCUUCGUGCUCUGAAAAGUAGAAGGCAGGCAAAAGCUCCAACUGCAUCUCCUCUAACAGUAAUUCUGCAGUCCAGUGUUCAGAAAAAUAAAACCUCUGAACCUAGCAUUUCUGACAGUACAGACAUUACUAAAAGAACUACCAGGUCUGCUGCAAGAAAAAACAGUUAAAAAAGCAGCCAAUCCGUCCCAAGGACUAAAACAGUAUUGCGUUAAGUUUCAAAUAAGCAACCAGUGUUGAAGAGGAUAUUCAGGAAUGAGGGGAUGUGACUAGAGGGGACUUGAUGCAAUUCAAGGAAGAUUACUUUGGCUCCAUUUUUCAGCAAAAGUGAAACUGAAGAAUCUCUUCCGUACUUGUAGAAUAAAAUGAACCGUCAACAUGCUUGGCAGACACUUUCUUAAUGUGCUAACAUUUCCUCAAAGAAAACCAAGGAAAUCUGUGUACAUUCAGACUCAGGUGUAAAUACUUAAGCCCUCUAUUAUAAAGAGGGCUUGCUAGUAUGUAUGAUGCAUGUGUAUAAAUUGUGAUGGCAAUCACUUAGCUGCUGACCACCAGAAAUUAAAAGAUGGUGGGAGCUUUUAAAUAUAUAAAUCUAUGUUGUCCUUUCAGACUGGGCUCAAGUCUCCACUUGAGACUGAAAAUCAACCACAAAAGCUUUUUUGUUCUAGUACUGGUACUCUCCUGUGUUAAUUGGCUAUUCUUUCUUAUUUUGUAUGAAGUUUUUUAUGAAGCCACAGUACUGAGUACACAAAGUAACUAUUGUCCACCAAAGAGUGCUUUAUUUUCAAAGGUUGUGUGGUUUAUUUUGAAAAAACUAACUAUAAGCGAUAUAACUUGUUUUUAAUAGUAAUAGAUUUUUAGUUGUUCACAACCAAUGGCUCUUUUAACUAGUAAUUGCUUCAAAUCUGGUAUGAUUUUAAGGGGGAGCAAAAACAGCUUACCAUUUAAAGCAGUGCUGUCAUAUUGAAAUGUCAUUACUGUUUAUUUUCCUAUCUUCAAGUCUUUUAGGUGAAACUUUAGAUUACCAUAUCUAAAAGGUAAGAAUUUUUCCCAGGUUUUAUUGGUACACUUGGUAACAUGUGGAUGUCACUGGUUUUUAGCUUUGAGACACUUAAUGAGUACAGCACACAAAAAAGGGAAAAUAAGCUUGCUCUGUAACUGAGAUUGGUAGUGGAACUCAGGGGCAGGUAUAGUUUUUAACAUCUAAUUAACACUUUUAAAACUACAGCUUACCUCUGUUAAAAAGCAGUGUUAAGUUUUAGAGGGAUCCGAGACUGAAAUUUUCAUCCACUACAAGAUUGUCUUCAAACAGUGGCAGUGUUUUUUCCCUACCACUUUUCACAUUAUGAAAUCUCAAAGCUGGCUUUGCAGUGAUGUACCCUUGCCUGCCAACUGAAGUUUAUAGCUGCAUAUCCCUCAGAUGAGGACUGUUACCACAUAGCCUUAAAUAUGAUAGUUAUCUGUUGAUUUAGUGACUCUUACAGUAGAAAGUAAAAGAAAUGAAGAGAUCUGAAGUGUUAGCAAUGGAAUAACUGACAUUUUUAAAGAUACAGAUUACCUCUGCAAGGAGGAGAAUUUUCUUUUUGUGAAUAUAAAUGGGCAGGUUCAGUGACUAGUUUCAGUCUACAUCCUUCUCAAUUAAAAUUAAGCUUUCUGUUAGGCUGGUGAUUUUUGAAUGCCAUUACGAAUAGCCCCACAUUGGCUUGAAAACAUUUUGUGGCAAGAGCAUUACAAGUUGAAGGGGAAGCAGGAAGCUUACAGGUAGCAUCCUUGAGUUUGGAUAGUCAAAAUUUGCAAAUACAGAAAGAAAGCCAAAGAGGCUUGUAUGGUGCAAAAUAAAGGACCAUUGAGGCUCAGACCCCAAAUACUUUUUUGUUUUCCUCUUAAUCUUCACCCUCACCACCAUUUUCUUGUCGGUGAAAAGCACCUAAAAGCGAGGGACUGAAUUCAUCCUGAUACAGCAAUUAAAAUUUCUUGACUUUUUUUGUUUGUUUCCUUUAACUAAGCCACUUGCCCAAAAGCUGAAGUACAGGUAACCACAAUAGUAGGUAUAUUGUUCAAAUAUGAAUUUGUGUUUAUUUUUGAAGAAAAUUCUUAUCCUGGAAGGCAGAAGGGAUGAAGCUAGUGAGGUGAGAGUCAAGACAAGAGAGAUUUAGUAAUAGUUAUUGUGUUUGACUUUGCCCUUCUCUCAGCUGAGCUUCCUCUUUUAGCAUCCUUGUUUUUAUCUGAAAAUAAUCAGCCUAUUUCACAUCCCUUCCAAAUUCCAAAGUAGGAAUUUGGCUUUUUUAAAGUAACCAGCAGAGCCGUUAGCACUUUCAGGUUCAUCAGAAGUAAAUUUGCAUAAAACAAGUGCACACACACACAAUAGCAACUUUAGCUAAACCAAAAUCGCAUGUUUGGCAUGAAUGUGUUUCAGGAUACCCCUUCCACCACCCAGUAUCUUAGUGAGAAACACAUAAAUGUCAAAGGGAUUUUACAUUUGAACUGUCCAAACAGCCUUAUAUGGAAAAUUAACUCAUUACCUCAUUGUGUCCCAUCUAAUUUUAUUGCUUAGUUUGUUCUUCUGAAUUUUUAGUAUUUUGUCUAGCAUUUUUAUUAUACCAUACCAAAGCUGUCUUAAGUACAAGAAUGAAGAGUGGGCAUGGGUGAGGAAGUCCUUGGUUUCUAAAUCUUUUUUGAAUUGUGAAGUAUUAUGUGCCAAAAUGGAAUGUGUGGCAGCAGCUGCAUCACCAUUGUACUACAGAGCAGCCAAAGGAAGUUAUUUCUGCUGUCAUCAAUUAGCAGUUUUUCCUUAGAAAUUCUUUCCUCUCUUUCAAAUACAUGACAGAUGGAUUCUCCCUUGGUCUCUUACUCAAAAGUAUGCAACAUACUCAAAAUCUGUAAAUAUCUUGGCUUAAAUUGCUAGUUUCCAUUACAGCAUCAAUAACUUAACUCAGAUUUUAACCCAGACCUUGUCUUUUUGCCCCAGUAUGACAAUAUAGAAAAUGCUGCUGAUUUAAAACAAAAAAAUAAGAUCUGUAGAGACUCAUGCAUUCAAAUGGAAAAAGAAGAAAAAUGUGAUGUUCACCAGUUUGUUGCACUGCAGUUUUUAUAUUAAUGGUUUGCAGACUGUUUGUCUUGAGUAAACUCAUGUACAGACUAUCAAGAUCUAAAUUUUCUUGACUAAUCAGUACUGUUCAUCCUGAUUAUUUUUAAAUUGUAUAUUUCUAAUCAUAUUUUUUUAACUUGGAUUGACAGAAUGGGAGUUUAUU